AUGGCAACCAGCGUGCUGCCGGUGGUGGCACUGCUACGCAUCAGCGAGCGGCUGCCGGUGUACGGCUGUCCCGGGGUGGCGAUGUCGAUGCCGAGGAUCGAGACCGUGAUCGAACUACGCCUGCUGAACUUGCGCCAAGCGUUCAGUGUCCGCAGCGUCCGCUGUGAGCUUAGAACUAAGCAGAAAAUGGUGACGCUGCUGAAGCUUGGGUCCCUGAAACUGGAGGCGUUCCACGAAAAGAAGCUCUGCGAGCAGCAGGUGUUUGCCCCGCCCAUGGGCCAGAAGGUGGUCAAGAACGUGUUAGGGGUCGACAUCCCGCUCAUCAUGCCUAUCCCCAACGACGUGGCGCUGCUGGGACUGUUUUCCAACUGGAACUCGCUGACUAUUCACACCUUACACGUCGAGUAUACUGUGGGCAGCCGUACCGAUACCGAACACCAAACCUACGUCAAGGACUUUCCCCUCGUGAUCAAACGCUACGAUAAUCUUCCAAUAUACCGUCAGUUCCAGGAACCCAAGACCCACCGACGGGUGCUGGGUAAUAAGCAAAUUGUGAUUAACGUCACUUUACCAGACGCGCUGUGUGUGGGACCGAUGGACACGUUUAGCGUCCACGUCAACCUCAAAGCAAAUAACUUACACAGCCAUCUACGACGUGACGUACGACUAAAACAGCUUACAAUUCAGCUCCGGGAAGUGUGUACUUGUCACGAAGCCGGACUCACUCCGAGGCGAGAGAUCAAGCUCAGCACCACCAAUAAGCAGUUUAAUGACUCCGAUAAUGUGCUUAACACCGUGGGGCUUUCGCAUACGUUCAACCUCAAGUUCUCUCGCGUCAAUGACUACUUAAGCAUAUACGACACCCUGGAGCCGCCAAUACCGCCGCUAGAGGUGAAGGAUACCGACGCCUUGGCACUGAUGGUCGAUAACUCGUCGCUGGCUCGAGAAAGAGUGCUUGAUCGUCCCGAUGAUGGCGUCCCUUUGACCCAUGCCUUUGGCUUUACUACUUCUGAAGGCAAGCUCUUCCGCAUCAGCUACGAGAUGAACAUCAAGCUAAAGCUAUCAGGGGCGAAAGACCUUGAAGAACGGUUCCCCCUCACCGUACUGGCCUACGACCGCGCCAGCUCUGAAGCCCUUUUGCCGUGGAUAAUGCACGAGUGCGAGGUGGCUAAGGCUCGCUUUGGCAAAGAGGUGGUACAGGCGGCGGCCACGGGAUCCAGCAAGCUUCUGGAGUUUACCGCCCCGCCAGUGGUGUACUACAACAACAUCAAUGACUGGCUCAAGAUGGGGUACCCGCGGCAGGCGUAUCUGAGCGACACCGCGGUGUUGUUGGACAUCCCUCAUAUGUAA